CCCACCCCGCCCGUCCUCGCCUCCCUCCUCCUGGAAACCUUCUCCCUGGAAAGCUAGGGAUCAUCCUCUCAUCCCUGUCACUCCGGUCACGCCGCCGUCACCUCCGACUCCGCCAGCAGGAACGAGGAUCCCACGGACGCCACCUCGGAGGUGAAGACCUUCUACAUCGGCGACGGGUCCUUUCCCGAUGCAGGUGGUGAAGGUGCAGCCCCCGACAUGUCAGCCCUUAGUGGCGGUGUCACGCUUGACGGCUCUGGCACGUCAACCGUCAGUGGCGGUGCCUCGGAGUCGCCUUUCGGUGUAGGCACGUCAGCCCAGAGUGGCGGUGUCCUGGACAUGUCAGCCCAUAGUGGCGGUGUCCAUCACGAGUGGGAUGAUAGUUCCUCGUCUUCUUCUGUACCCUCUCUGGCUGCUGGCGCUACGGAGGUGGCCCCGAAGAGGAAGAAGAAGAAUCGGCGCAAGAAGAAUAAGAAAAAUGUGAGUUCGCAUGUGACCGAGCCCGGUCCGGAGCAGCUGCAGGUUUCUGGCGCUCCUCCGGACGCGAUGCCUUCCAUGUUUGAGGCCUCCCGUGAGGACCUCGCCACGGACAUCCAGUCUGGAGCUUUUUCACAAGAUGCGAAGGAGUUGGACGACACUGACGUUGCCUUGCUGGGCCGCUUCGCUGACGGCGAAGCUGUGCUCUCGGAGUUGCAGCAGCAGCCGUCGCUGAGGGCACCGGCUUUGGAGGUCGCCUCUCGGCUGAUGGCAGCAGGUGCGAAUUCGAAUGUUGCUUUCCUGCCAAUUGUGCAGGGCCUUGCGACGCAGCAGACAUGAUGUCCACUCUGGGGUUUUUAUCUUAGCGAAUGCCAGACUUCGUGAUUCCCUGGCUUUUAUGCACUUUCUUAUUUUCCUCCUUGCCAAUCUCUCCGGAAGCUUG